CCGCUCGGGAAGGGAAGGGGCGAACGGACGCCUCUGGGCGGCGAGCGCGGCUAAGAGUCGCCCAACAGCAAAACGGAGGCCUCGGCCAUCUGAAUCUCACCUCAUGGGAAGCAGCUCGCGCGUGCGCGGGGAAGGUCCGGUCCUCUGCACAUUCUUGCCCGGGCGCGGCGCCGUGCUCCUUGGUUGUCCUCGGGGUCCCGCGGCUGCACGGCCAAGGUUCCGGCCCUCUUCUCUGCCCCCGCCGUAGGGCUCUGCGGGGUACGGCGAUCCCGCGGGGCAGGUGGGGAUUGUGGUGGAAGCCGUGGUCUGUCGGGAUGAGUUUCCUGCUGCCUAAACUGACCUGUAAGAAGGAAGUGGAUCAGGCAAUAAAAACCGUGGCCGAGAAGGUCUUGGUUCUCCGGUUUGGAAGAGAUAACGAUGCUGUUUGUCUGCAGCUUGAUGAUAUUCUUGCAAAGACAGCCCACGACCUAAGUAAAAUGGCAGUCAUUUACCUGGUAGAUGUGAACAAGGUUCCAGUGUAUACCCAGUAUUUUGACAUCAGUUAUAUUCCAUCUACUGUGUUUUUCUUCAAUGGACAACAUAUGAAGGUUGAUUAUGGGUCUCCAGACCACACCAAAUUUGUAGGAAGCUUCAAAACAAAGCAAGACUUUAUAGAUCUGAUUGAAGUGAUUUACCGUGGAGCAAUGCGUGGAAAGCUCAUUGUCAGAAGUCCUAUUGAUCCCAAAAACAUUCCUAAAUAUGACCUUCUCUACCAAGGAAUUUAAUGGGUUGACCUGAGAUAAAGAAUUACAGAAAUGGAUGAUAGUUUAGUUUCCUUUUUUUUUUUCCUCAAGCAUUCGUAGCCACUUGUGAUACAAUGGGACAAUUUGAGCAUUUAUAUUGAAGGAUCAUAUUGGUCUCCCUCUGAAGACAGACAUUCUGUCACCUUGUACUUCUCUUGUAAAUAAAGCUGCAUAUUCAUGCGUAAAA